AUGAGAGGCACAACCACCGCGACACUCUGGAGGCAAGGCAGAGCUCUAUGUGAGCUACGUGGAAUCACGCAGAAUGCAGUCCGCCCGACAAGCGCCGCCUUGAGGGCAGCGGCAAGCUCUUCUUCACAAUCCUUCGCCGUCGCCGCCCCAUUGCGACCAUUCCACACGACGCCCUGCCGACUGAAGAAGGGCGGCAAGGGUAAACACGCCGAGGAACGCCAAUCGGGCAAGGGCAGCAAGAGCAAGAGCAACGACGGCUCGUCCGCGGCCGCCCCGGCAUCGACACCGUCCUCGUCGUCGGGCGGGAGCUCGCAGCACCCGACACCGAACCCAGAAGAGCCGCUCGACUUUGCCGACGUGCAGUCACGUCUCGCCAAGGCGUCCGAGGCGCCGGCCGAGGCGCUCAAGAAGCUCAAGAGCGGCGGGCGCUUCAACCCGGACCUGAUUGGGUCGCUGCGGGUGCAGCCCGACAAGAAGGAAGCGGCCACGUACCCGCUGCGGGAGCUGGCGCAGGUGGUGCCCAAGGGCGGACGCACCAUUUCGCUGCUGGUGCACGAGGAGGCGUCCAUCAAGCCCAUCAUGAGCGCGAUCCAGGCGUCGCGCGACUUCAACCAGCAGCCGCAGCGCGACCCCGACAAUGAGCUCGAGCUCGUGCUCAAGAUGGAGCUCGAGAGCCGCGAGGACGUGGCCCGCCGCGCCAAGGCCGUCUGCCACGAGUGGCGGGAAAAGGUCCGCCAGGUCCGUCAGAAGCGCGACAAGGUCCACGCCGCCUGGAAGAAGGACGGCCUCCUCCUGCCUGAUGCCAAGCGCAAGGCGGACACGGAGCUCGACAAGGUCAUCAAGGCCAAGGUUGCCGAGAUCGAUGCCGCCGAGAAGGAGGCAUUGAAAGCUGCCGAGGGCAAAUAA